AGCUGUCAGUGUCAGGCUCAGGAGAGAGGAAGUGAUCGCUCCGGGAGGAGCGCUAGCCUAGCCGCGCAGCGUGAGACAGCACAUCCUGCUGGCGCGGGCCCGCUGCUCUCCGUCCUCCCGCGCCUCCUCCACGACCUCCAGUGAGCCUCCGCGUACAGCAUUCAGGACUUUUCUGCUACAGUAACAAUGCUGUGAUAUGGAACACCGGCUCUGUACUAAAUCCUGGGAGGCCUUGAACUCCCCAUGCGUCCUCGGGCUCUGCUGGCAGUUCACAGCAAUCCUGAAGAUAUACUGCAGAAACGGAGAGAUGGAGGGCAGGAUGCUCUCACGUGAAGCAAACAUGUCUGACAAGAGCGACCUAAAGGCCGAGCUGGAGCGCAAAAAGCAGCGCUUAGCACAGAUAAGAGAGGAGAAGAAACGGAAGGAAGAGGAGAGGAAGAAGAAAGAGGCAGAUAUGCAGCAAAAGAAAGAGCCCGUUCAAGAUGACUCCGAUCUGGAUCGCAAACGACGGGAGACAGAAGCUUUGCUUCAGAGCAUUGGCAUAUCACCGGAGCCCCCUCUAGUCCCAACCCCUAUGUCUCCCUCUUCGAAAUCAGUGAGCACUCCCAGUGAUGCUGGAAGCCAAGACUCGGGCGAUCUGGGGCCAUUAACAAGGACCCUGCAGUGGGACACAGACCCCUCAGUGCUCCAGCUGCAGUCAGACUCAGAACUUGGGAGACGACUGCACAAGCUGGGCGUGUCAAAGGUGACCCAGGUGGAUUUCCUGCCUAGGGAAGUAGUAUCCUACUCCAAGGAGACACAGACUCCUCUUGCAACACAUCAGUCUGAAGAGGAUGAGGAAGAUGAGGAGAUGGUAGAACCCAAAAUUGGUCAUGAUUCUGAACUGGAGAAUCAAGAAAAAAAGCAGGAGACAAAGGAAGCCCCUCCAAGAGAGUUGACGGAGGAAGAAAAACAGCAGAUCCUGCACUCAGAAGAAUUCCUCAUCUUCUUUGACCGGACAAUCCGAGUAAUUGAAAGAGCUCUUGCAGAGGACUCGGACAUCUUUUUUGACUACAGCGGUCGAGAGCUGGAGGAGAAAGAUGGGGAUGUGCAGGCUGGAGCCAACCUGUCUUUCAACCGUCAGUUCUACGAUGAACAUUGGUCUAAGCAUCGGGUGGUCACAUGUAUGGACUGGUCUCUCCAGUACCCUGAGCUGAUGGUUGCUUCUUAUAGCAACAACGAAGAUGCUCCCCACGAGCCAGAUGGAGUGGCCUUGGUUUGGAACAUGAAGUUCAAGAAAACCACACCAGAAUAUGUCUUCCACUGUCAGUCUUCUGUGAUGUCAGUCUGCUUUGCCCGUUUUCAUCCUAAUUUGGUGGUUGGUGGCACCUAUUCAGGCCAGAUUGUCCUCUGGGACAAUCGCAGUCAUCGAAGAACGCCUGUCCAGAGGACCCCCUUGUCAGCCGCUGCACAUACACAUCCUGUGUACUGUGUCAAUGUUGUUGGGACCCAGAAUGCUCACAACCUGAUCACUGUCUCUACCGAUGGCAAAAUGUGUUCCUGGAGCUUGGACAUGCUCUCAACCCCACAGGAGAGCAUGGAGCUGGUGUAUAAUAAGUCCAAGCCUGUGGCUGUGACGGGAAUGGCUUUCCCAACGGGAGACGUCAACAACUUCGUGGUUGGCAGUGAGGAAGGGACCGUCUACACGGCUUGUCGUCAUGGAAGCAAAGCAGGCAUCGGUGAGGUCUUUGAAGGUCACCAAGGGCCAGUGACAGGCAUUAACUGCCACAUGGCAGUGGGUCCCAUCGACUUUUCUCAUCUGUUUGUCACGUCAUCAUUUGACUGGACUGUCAAACUGUGGACCACGAAGCACAACAAGCCGCUCUACUCCUUUGAAGACAAUGCAGACUAUGUGUACGAUGUCAUGUGGUCCCCCGUGCAUCCCGCGCUCUUUGCCUGCGUGGACGGGAUGGGGCGCUUGGACCUCUGGAACCUCAACAGUGACACCGAGGUGCCAACAGCAAGUGUGGCCAUUGAAGGAGCAUCUGCCCUAAACCGAGUUCGUUGGGCACAGGGUGGCAAGGAAGUUGCGGUAGGGGACUCAGAAGGCCGCAUUUGGAUCUACGAUGUUGGAGAGCUUGCCGUUCCACACAAUGAUGAAUGGACACGAUUUGCCCGGACCCUGGUGGAGAUCCGCGCCAACAGGGCUGACAGCGAGGAGGAAGGGGCUGUUGAGUUAGCUGCCUAGACAUGAGAUGAGUCUGCCCACUCUGGCGCCCACCCUUCCAUGCUAGAACUCAGUCUGCAGUCAAGGCCCCCGUGCAGUGUUUGGCGUUCUUUCUGUAUCAGUAUCCCCGUGGCAUCUUGGGUGCCAUAUUGUGCAGUGUUUCCCCAUAUUCUCCACGUGUACCUACUCACUCGAAAUCCACCCCAGCGUUUCUACCUUUGUGUCCCCGUCUCAAAAACAAAUGGGGGAGGGAACCCUUAGGGGUUUAGUUGUUGCCUUUUAACUACUUGGUAGCUGUAUUUAAUAGCUGGAAACCUCUGGUUGAAUUUGUGCUUACAUGUACUUCUGGCGUAGUCCUAUUAAAUCCAUAUGAAGCCAGAUAUGAUUGGGUGCAGAUGUGGUGUGCCUCAUGAUAUGGUACAGGGCCAAAGACUUGAGAUGUGGUGUUUUACAUGGUGAUUCGCAUUAUGAAUGGAUUUACUACAAGAACAUUGCUGCUCCUUAUUUAUUGUAAUGUGCUGCAUGGAACAUAUUUAUUUGAAAGCAUUAAAAUAAACGAUCUUAGAGCA